AUGCUCGAAGGAGGCGAAGAACCCGACAACGUGACGAAAACCGGCGCAGAUGGUGGCGUUCCCGCGCCAAGGGAGACGACGCGACGCAUACCACAAGAGGUCGACGCGCAUGACGGCGGAGUGAACCACGGGCCGCGACGCUACGACCCGAAGGGGCGACGCAGUGGCGGCGGGCAGGUCAGGGCGACGGCGGGAAGACCUCGUGGCGGCGGCUCGGACCGCGAGCCGUGGAGCUGUAGCCUGAAGGGGCGACGCAAUGGCGGCGCGCGAGUAGGUGCAGCCGCGGGGACGGCCUCGGGCGGCGACGGAGAUAGCGUGCCACGCUCGCUACGACCUUACCCCCUCCAUGCCAUUUUGGGUACCCUUAGCCUUCCCCUACCCUCAGCCGCCGCAUCCCCCUUAAAAUCAGUGCCGCCGGCCUUGUUUUCCGCACCCAGCCGCUGCAGAUCCGCCACUUGGCACGCCGCCGUUCGCCAGCCACCACCAGCGCCGCCACCCUCGGCCUAUUGCGCCGCGCCACGUGUCCCCAGCGCCUCCCCACGACCGUGCGCCGCCGCGCGGCCCGCCAGCACCCAGAUCGGGCCCUGGGAAGCCCAUCUGGGCCUGAGCUCCCCGUCGUUCUCGCAGGACCUCCUCCCGUCCCCGAGCAACCCGCGUCCCCGCCGUCAUACGUCGCCUCCGCCCACCGCCGGCGAGCGGAGCCGCCGGAGACGCACGCCGGCGCCCGAUGCCAGCAGGCCAGAGCCGCCCUCGCCUUCCUCUCUCUCUCCCGUCACUAACCGCCCCGUCGGCCUCUUCCUUCGCAGGGAGCUGCCGCCGCCCGUCACCGGUGAUCCCCGCCGACGCCAGGAACGAGUCACCCGGGGCCGGAUCCGCCCGAAUCCGCCCGUUUCCGGUCACCCCGCCGUCCUCGAGCACCCUCACCGGAGCUCCACCGCCACAAGCCACGCCGCCGGCCCUGCGAGCGCGAGACGAGGACGACGUCCAGGCCGCCCCAUCGCCCUGGUGGGCCCCGCUCGGCCUCCAAGGCCCAGCAACCGGCCUGUUUCCCCUCCGACUGGGCUUGGCCCAUGCUUCGGUUUUGUUCCGGGGUUGUGAGGAUUCGUUCGACUACGUUGGGUUGUCUACUUCUU